GCGAAACGACACAUCGAGACUUCGACACAUACACACGCGGCUGUCCAUUAUGGGUGGGAAGCCAUCGAAGGAGAAGAAGAUUGUCGUGGAGGAGGUGCUCUACCGCGAGUUUACGUACGGCCUGGCCGCAUCCGACUGCGUCCAGCAUUACCUACCUCCGAACCUUCCGAUCCGACCGAUCUUGAACGUCGCGUACUUGACCGACUGCACCAAGACAUGGAAGCUCAUCGUGACGGCCAACACGGACCGCAUGCGGCAAUACGGCAAGUCGGGCAUCGUGCUCUUCUACGACGAGUUCUUCUUCCGUCUCUUCCAGCGCGACUUUACCCUAGAAGACGUGUUCCCGGACAUUGCGAAACGAAGCGAAGUGAUCAUCAAAGCCGUCACGUUCAUGCUCAAGAGCAGCAGCGACGACCAACGACGCGUGAUCAACCGCUGCCACUUUUUGGGCCACCGCCACCGCACGUUUACUAGCCUCCGACCCCACCACUUUGCCCAGUACACGAGCACGUUGAUCGAGGUCAUGAUGUACUGGCUCGGCGAGUACGCGUCCCCAGACGUGGGCGCCGCGUGGUCCAACAUCGUGGGCUUCUUCCUCAUGCACAUCCUCGAAGCGUUCUUGAGCGAAAAGGUCGACCCGUUCGAGAGCUACCAGAACGUUGUGAUCGGCGCCGUGGAGGAGAUCACGACCUCCCAUGAAGGCGAGAGCGACAUCCAGACCGUCGAGCAGCUGGGCAACGUCAACGCCAACAACAUGUAGUAACCAUCGUUCCUGCUGCUACGUCAGAUUAACACAUCAACUACUAACUGCACACCUCGC